UAAAGAAAAAAUGAAAACAUUUACGGCUUUUUAAAAAUAGCAUUAAAUUAUAAUUACUUGAGAUUACAACAAAUGCAUAGCUCAAAACAUACCAUGAAAAAGCAUAAUCAUCUUAAAUAAUAAUGCAAAAAGCAAAGGAAUUUCAUAAAAUUUUUAUAAUAUAUAAAAAGCGAAAACAAACAAUGUGAAAAUAAUGUACGUAAACACAUGUAUAUGAAUUCCAUAAGCAUCAAAAUAAAAUAGAAGGGUAUUCCACAUAGCUGGAAAUUGGUUUUCGCUUUUAUAUUCAGCCGUUUUGCUAAACAGCUGAAUGCAAUAACGAAAGCUAAAUCUUUCGCGCGCGUGUACGUGAUUAUCGCCCAGUUUAGGCCGAAUCCACGGUCAGCUUUUGCCGUAUGGCGAAAGUGUUUUCACUAAAUUAUGUUUAUUAUGUCGUAAAUUUCGUCGUUUAUAGAUAAAUAUAUAUUUUUAUCGCAAGAUAUUGCAAAAACAACUAAUAUACGAUAUUUCGCAGCAUCUAUUCGGAUGACCUAUCAAGUGGAGCCAUUAGCAAAUUCUUACGCCGAACUGGGUGAGGGUCCGCAUUGGGAUGUAGAGACUCAAAAUCUCUACUAUGUCGAUAUAACUGGGGGUAAAUUAUUGCGUUACAGUUAUAAGGAUGACAAGGUGUACGAAGCGAAAAUUGAAGGUGAGGAUUUAGCCAGCUUCGUUGUACCCGUUGCCGGUACUCUCGAUACAUUCGCUGUUGGUGCCGGUCGUCGUGUUAUCAUUGUUAAAUGGGAUGGCAUUUCGACCACUGCCCAAGUUGAGAGUACCCUUUUUGAAGUGCAGAAAAAUGAUAAGCGUUUCGAAGGUAACCGGUUCAAUGAUGGCAAAUGUGAUCCUAAAGGUCGUUUAUUUGCCGGCACGAUGCGUUAUGUGGGCGAUGAAUUUGAGCAUCGUUGGGGUGAACUGUACAAAUAUGAAGAAGGUGGUAAUGUUGAAUUGGUCAAAACCGAUGUUGGAAUUUCGAAUGGUCUAGCCUGGAAUGAGAAAACCAAUAAAUUCUAUUACAUUGAUACCACUGACUUUGAAGUCAAGGAAUACGAUUAUGAUAUGGAAAAGGGAAAACCAGCCAAUCCCAAGGUGGUCUUUAAUUUGCGUCGAGAUUCUCCAAAAAAUCAUUUACUACCUGAUGGUAUGACUAUAGAUACUGACGGUAAUAUUUAUAUAGCCACUUUUAAUGGUCAUACUAUUUAUAAAGUGAAUCCAGUAACGGGAAAAAUCUUAAUGGAAAUCAAGUUGCCGUGCAAGCAAAUUACUUCUGCAGCUUUUGGUGGCCCUAAUAUGGAUAUACUUUAUGUAACCACUUCGGCUCGUGGUAAUGAACCCAAGCCUGCUGGUACCACUUACAAAGUCACCGGCCUAAAAGCUAAAGGCUUACCGAUGACUAAAAUUCAAAUCUAAGCUUAUCGCUUGAAAGCUAUUGGUUUUAUACUUUUAUAUAAAUAGCUUAUACAUACACAUAUAUAGCCAGUG